GAAAUGAACUAAUAAUCCACAAGCAGCAAAACCACAUACCCAAACUCCCAUAUUUAUAGCAAAAAGCCUUGAAAUUGCUAAGCUACCAGCAAACUUUCCAUCUCACUUUCUCCCUUUACUGCAAAUGGCAAGCUUUUCUCUUUCCUCUGCAACAGUCAAACAUAUGUUGUGGAAUAAUUUUGCAUCCAAGACCAAUUCUUGAAGAAGAAGAAAAAUGGAUUCUUUCUCCAUGAAAAAAGACGAGAUUUUGAAGGAAGCCAAAAAAAUCACUCGUCUCUGUGAUGCUGAGGUCUCAAUCAUCUUGCUCACCACUCACAAUUUCUAUCUAUACACCAGCCCCACUUCCUCGAUGAAGAAAAUCAUUGAUCAGUACCAGAGCACAGUGGGUGUUAAUCUAUGGAGCAGUCAUUAUGAGAAAAUGCAGGAUGAGUUGGGAAGAUUGAAAGCUGAGAACACUGCACUUAAAAGAGAAAUCAUGCUGAGACGUGGUGAAGAAGUUGAUUGUAUGGAUAUAAAGGAACUAUGCAAUCUUGAGGAGGAAAUGCUUAAUGCUGCCAAAAUCAUACAAACCAGAAAGGAGGAGGUGUUCGAGCAGCGACAUGGGCGAGUGAUGGACCGGGAUGGCUUCAACUCUGCUGCAGCGUUUGCAGGCAUAGUUCAUCCCGCCAAUCCCGUUCCUGUGCAACAGCUUGCUCACCUUCGGAUAGACAAAGGCGAGGGUAGCUGUGUUACUACAGAAGCUAUAUGGAGGUUGAGUAUUCUGAUUAAUUAUGGUAAUUUGAUGAGGAAUAUAGGCUGAGAAAUGAGGAGAGGUUGAACUUCUUAGUAGUACUUUAUUUGUGUUGUUUGAGGUUGUCUCAACUCUCUGGAUUGUCCAUUUGGCUUCUACAUUUAGUUAUGUGGUUAUGCAUUACAAUUUGGAUUAUUUUUUGUUGACACUACCUGUUAUUGAUAUCUAAAAUUAUCUCUGUGUUUGUUACUGUA